AUCACCAACAUGGAAGCUACAAAUCAAACAGCUGCCUCAGAAUUCAAUCUCUUGGGGCUGACAGAUGAUCCAGAACUGCAGCCCCUCAUCUUCAGCCUCUUCCUAUCUAUAUACUUGAUCACCAUCUUGGGGAACCUGCUCAUUAUCUUCGUUUUCAGCUUUGAAUCCCACCUCCACACCCCCAUGUACUUCUUCCUCUGCGUUUUGUCUUUUAAUGACAUCUGUUCCAGCACAAGCACAAUCCCAAAGAUGCUAGCAAACAUUGAAAUACAAAGACAGAGCAUCACCUACACAGGCUGCUUCACACAGGCUGGUUUUGUCGUCACUUUUUCCCUCUUAGAAAAUUUUCUCCUCACAGUAAUGGCCUAUGACCGCUAUGCAGCCAUUUGCCGUCCUCUAAGGUACACAGUUAUCAUGAACCCACACUUCUGUGUUUUGCUUGUUCUGGUCUCCUUGUUAAUUAGCGUGGCAGACUCUCUGCUGCACACUCUGAUGGCGCUGCGGCUGUCCUUCUGCACAGACCUGGACAUCCCCCACUUCUUCUGUGAACUUGCUCAGCUUAUCAAGCUCGCCUGUUCCGACACUGUCAUUGAUAACAUCCUGAUAUACAUUUCAUGUGGUAUAUGUGUUGGUAUUCCACUGUCUGGAAUUAUUUAUUCUUAUUUUCACAUUGUGUCCUCUGUUUUGAGGAUGUCGUCUUCAGGAGGAAAAUAUAAGGCCUUUUCUACCUGUGGGUCUCACCUGUCUGUUGUCUCUUUGUUCUAUGGGACAGGUUUUGGGGUGUACAUUAGCGCUGCAGUGACUGACUCCCCCAGGAAGACUGCAGUGGCUUCAGUGAUGUAUUCUCUUCUUCCACAAAUGCUGAACCCCUUUAUCUAUAGCCUGAGAAACAAGGACAUGAAGGAAGCCUUGAGGAGAAUCGUCACUAGCAACCCUUCUCUUCUAUGA